AUGGGUACCAAAAGAAUAUUGCAACACUUUCACACUACUGCUGAAGAUUACACCAUCAUUUUCACAUCUGGAUGCACAGCUGCACUUAAACUGGUGGCAGAAGCAUUCCCUUGGAUACCUGAAGGCACAAAGCAACCCAGCAGUCGGUUUUGUUACCUAACUGACAGCCACACAUCUGUGGUGGGUAUGAGGGGGAUAACUGCCUCAAUGAAUGUCCUGUCUGUUCCAAUAAAACCAAAGGAAAUAUUUUUAUCAGAAAAAAACGUGUUACCAGCUGAAGAACAGAACUGCAUGACACCUCAUCUUUUCUCUUAUCCAGCUCAGAGCAAUUUUUCUGGUACCAGAUAUCCCCUUUCAUGGAUACAGGACAUAAAAUCUGGAAAACUCUGCCCCAUCAAAAUACCAGGGAAGUGGUUUGUUCUACUAGAUGCAGCUUCCUAUGUGAGCAGUUCUCCAUUAGACUUGGGAGUUCACCAAGCUGACUUUAUCCCCAUUUCAUUCUAUAAAAUCUUUGGAUUCCCAACUGGUUUAGGAGCAUUACUGGUAAACAACCGGAUUGCCCCCCUCUUGAGGAAAACCUAUUUCGGAGGUGGAACUGCAGCUGCCUACCUCACAGGAGAGGACUUUUAUUUCCCAAGGAAAUCUAUAGCAGAAAGGUUUGAAGACGGCACAGCCUCUUUUCUUGAUAUCGUUGCUCUGAAACAUGGAUUUGAUGUUCUGGAAAAACUCACAGGUGGAAUGGAGAAAAUAAACCAGCAUACCUUUGCAUUAGCUCAUUACACCUAUACCGUGCUGUCUACCUUAAAAUAUGCCAAUGGGGCUCCUGUAGUACGUAUAUACAGUGAUACAGAUUUCAGCAGUCCUGAUGUCCAGGGUCCAAUCAUUAAUUUUAACGUGCUCGAUGAAAAUGGAGAGGUGAUCGGCUUUUCACAG